AUGUCCAAGCGAAUAAUCGUAACCGGCGGCUCCGGCAAAGCAGGGCAAUACAUCAUCGGCCAUCUUCUCGCCCAGGGAUACUCCAUCCUGAACCUAGACUUGAAUCCGCUCCCACCACCACUCAAUGCAGAAGUCCACACUUUGAAGGUGGACCUUACGGACAGUGGCCAAGUCCACGGCGCCCUGCUUUCGCAUUUUCGCCUCACCGAACCCUUUCGCGAACCCCACCAGCAAGUCCCCGACGCCGUCAUCCACCUCGCAGGAUACGCGCGCAACAUGAUCGUCCCUGAUACAGAGACAUACCGAGGCAAUGUACUAUCAUUCUACAACGUGAUCGAAGCGGCCUGUCGGGUGGGUGUGAAGAAGAUCGUUCUGGCAAGCUCUAUAACCGUGUAUGGCGUGUCGUUCGCCGAGGGGGAUGUUGAUUAUCCGUCGUUUCCUGUGGAUGAGGAUGUCGAUGCGAACCCAAUGGAUGUAUAUGCCUUGUCUAAGGUCUGUGGGGAGCGCACGGCGCGGAGCUUUGCGCGGCGGUUUGAAAAUGACAUCUAUGUGAUGCGAUUGGGAGCGGUGGUCGCACCGGACGAAUUUCAGGAAAAGUUCCAAGGAUAUGUGGAGAGGCUAGAGGAGUAUAAGGUGCAUGGCUGGGCAUAUACAGAUGCAAGGGAUAUUGGACUCAUGUUUGAACGAUGCUUGGUGACGGAUGGGCUAGGGUUUCAGAUUUUCAAUGCAGUCAAUGAUGAGAUUACUAAUUUCGCCGAGUCGACUACAGCGUUCUUGGAGAAGAUGUGUCCGAACACACCGAUUACGAGGGAGAUGGAAACCAGGGAGGCCCCGGUCACUAAUAGAAAGAUGAAGCGGAUGUUGCGCUUCGAGCAGGCACAUCGCUGGCAGGACUUCUAUAUAACGGCCGACAACCGAUAA